AUGGCGCCAUCACCUCGGAGACUAAUGGCUGCAUUGUUGGCACCUUUGGUGUUUCUUUACCACCUCUUGUCUCGGAUCUUUUGGUCGGGACUUAACGACAGAAAUGUUUUAACAUUACCGCUCAACUUCGCAAUCAACUUCUCACCUGUAUUUGUGUGGUUAUUGAUCUUUAAGAAUGCCGGUCUCAUUCCCAAAAACAUCCGGCCCCCCAUCCAUGUUGCCUUGGCUCACCAUUUGGACACCUUUAUGUUCAGCGUCACCAAGUCGCCGUUGGGGUGUUUACUCACCUUGGCCUUGACCACUGCAUUUGCUUGGUGGAUCAACUUGAGAUGGUACCAGCCACAGCAAAAACCUUCGUUCACUCCAUUGUCGUCAUGCUCCGCCGACAGCGACUUUGAAAUGUCAUCCUUGGACGGAUCCAUUGAAGACUCGCCCAAGGACUUUUACCAGGAGAAUAUUACUGCUCCCGCAGACUUCCAAGACCACCCACGCAUCGGCUCCUUGGAGUUCAUCCCUGCCAUGUCGCAGUUUGAAGUCUCCGAGAACACUGCCACAAUAAACAAAAAGAUCUUGCAAAGCAUAUCGUCACCCAGUGGCUACAGACCCUACAAUUGCUGGGUUUGGGUACCACCUGCAUUAUUAGCAUCCUCGUGGUGGCUCCUAAACUUCGACCACUGGAUGUCCCAGCCCAUCACCGUGCCCAAAGAUAUGGUGUCGUGGUUUUCCUAUGUGAUUGGCCAUUUCUGUGUGCCUCUCUUCACUGCCAUUUGGCUCUACGUGUUCCACGCCCCAGGAGCCCUUCGCCUCUUUUCCUUUGCAUUGGGUGCUCAGAACAUUGCCGGUGUCAUCACCCACUUGUUAUUCCCCAACGCUCCACCAUGGUUCAUCACCUUGAAUGGAGACAAUGGUGUUGCUUCUUACGACACUGAAGGCUAUGCUGCGGGGCUCAUCCGUGCACCUUUCGGAACUGGAACCCACUUGGUCACUCAGGGUUUCCACAAAUCGCCCAUUGUGUUUGGAGCCUUACCCUCCUUACACUCGGCCAUGGCCGUCAUGUGCUUCUUCUUUGUGGCUUACUACUCACGUUGGACCAUAGCCAAAUUGGGUUUGUUCUUCUUUGUCGUGCUUCAAUGGUGGGCCACCAUCUACUUGGACCACCACUGGCGACUUGACUUAAUUGCGGGAAUGCUUUACGCUCUCGCGCUGUUCACGGUGUUCUUUAAAUGGAGAAUGCACCGCGUGGAUGAGGAUUUCAUCAAUGCCCGUUUACGCUACGAUUUCGUCAACGGUUCCACCAUGGGAAUGAGAGUUUUCCGUAACACGAAGUUGCAGAACUUUUUUGACCCAUUAUCGUAA